AUUAAGAGAAUUUGAUGAGUCAAAGUGCUUAGAUAAACAGUUCCAAAAAUCAAAAGUGGACGAAUAUAGCAGGACGGAGGGAGUAUUAUUUUUACCGAGGAGCUCGGUGUUAGGUGAUUGAAAUUCGCGCGAAUAAUUAUCGUAACGAGAGCAAUGUCAGUUCGAUAAAGCAACGAUGCUUCGAAAAGUUAUAUCGUCGAGGUCGGUGUUAAUACGAGUCAAGCAAAUGAUGUGUGACGAAAUUAGUAUACCGAUGACAACGACCUUAGUUAAUAAGAAUUGAAUCCGAUGCAGUAGCUUUGUUGAAGAUCAAUGUUAGCCCGGCUGACUGAUGUAAAUAUCUUCAUGUCUCGCGGAGACCAUCUUCGAUCAAAGUGCCUCAGACUGAGGGCUUAAAUGAAUCGGGCGUCCCCGAUAUGAGCUUUGCUCACUUUUUUGCUGAAACCGAUGUGCAAUCGGUGUACCCAAUUCGACUGGGCUCAGGCUUAUUGGAAAAUAUGUGUAAGACUGGUGUGAGACCAGUGUACCAGUUCGACUGGGUGACAUAUUUUCUUUAUUAUACUGAGCAAAACCGGUGUAGUAACCAGCGUGCCAGGCCAGACCUGUGUCUCAGUCUUCCAAUAAGAUAAUGCUGCUGGCCGGGCCAGAUCAACAUUGGAGAAUUAACCAUGUCGGAUGGUUUCAAGCCCUCUCCAAGGCCCAAAAUGCACCCUUCUUCCAGAGCCCCCUAUUCCGGGUGAUUAAGUUUUUUAAUGACCAUUUGAUAUUUACUAUCCCGGGAAGGCUUUAGCUCACCCCCCGUUCAAGUCUUCCCUGAGAAGGGGGAAAAAUAGGAUGCGCCACGGUGGACGAUCCCCUUCUAUUUCUUUUAAUGGGCAUCUUUUAGUCCCCAAUCAAUUUGACGGCACUGGCUGAUUCCCCGAUACCGGUCAAACCUCAUGGGCCCGUGUAAGUACGGUUCGAACCUUCUUCCAGGUCCAGCCCUCUUGCAGGCAUACCCUCUUCCGGGCUUAUUAUUUUUUUAUUUUAUACUGAGCAAGACCGGUAUAGUAACCGGCGUGCCAGGUCCGGGCCUGUGUCCCAGUCUUCCUUUCCAAAAUUUGCUGAAGGGUGUAGCUAUGGGAAUUUGCUUAAUUCCCUCUCGCCGAACAAGGGGUGGAGUUUUGCCACUUGGAAUUUUUUCCAUUCUUGCAAUCAUGGAGGAACAUUUUUUUUGCAGGGCCAUUUCUCCACUGUCAAAGGGAGUCCCACGUGAAGCCAUCUCCCCCACUAAAAAAUUCUCCCCACUCCACUAUCUUUGUGGGACCAAUUUUCCACUAUCAACGUGAAACCAUCUUCCCAACUUUGUGCUUUUUGGCUUUGUGCAUAUGUCUCUAAUUGGAAAGUGAAUGCCAUAUAUGGUGGCCCACCAAUUUGUAUAUUUGGUGGAUUUUUUCCAAUCUCUUUGAUUCUUUUGCUCCAUCCUUCCAAUGUGGCUUUCCCUUCAAAAUAGGCAUAAUACACCGUAUUUUUGUGGAUGGGCCCAAAGGCCCCAAACUGCACAAUUUCUACAACAUCUUUUCUUGCACUCCAAAAUUUGAAACAUUAUCUUGAGUGGGGUAUGGCCAGAUACUGCCUUCUGCUUUCUUGGUGGUUUACGAGGGUGAGGGACUCCAUGACAGCCACGAAUUCCAAUGGUUAUGGCAGCAGUACUUAGUGGUGAACUUGGCCCUCCGACGAUGUAGUGGAUCCCACCGCAAUCAUGGCAGCCGGAAAUAUAAACACCACCAAGCAACAACCGGCGCCUCCACCUAGAAGGAAGUAAACUUGGUUGCAGUAGUGAUGGGCGAAUCUUUGCACUAUCAAUCGAGGGUUUCAAAAUUGAGAUCGGUGAUAGCGGAGGUCAAUAGUAGUCUCUACAAGCAUAGCCCGUUUGCCUCGAGCGAAGUGGCGGCAAUGAAUUGCUUCCAUCACAGGGGUGGACCUCCAUAAUGGAUUCAUGGCAGGGGUAGAGUGGCGGGGAUGACGACAGAUCUUUGUAGCAGCAUCGGUGAUUUACUUCGUCGGCGGCGAUGAUUGGCUUCUAUCGGGGUUUGAUUUUUCCCGGCGUGGUGGCUCACGGCUUUGGCCGCAGCGGGACCAAAAAACAGCCAUGUGGUGAUGGAGGCGCACAAGUGUCGGCAGUGGCAUAGAUGACGACAAAUCUUUGCAGCGGUGUCGGCAGGUCUGAGCAUCGGCGG